AUGGCUCGUUCGUUGCUCAGUCUCAUACCAGCCGCAGCUGCGCUUGUCUCGGUCGUGCAAGCGCAAGCUCAGGAUGAGGCCUAUCACAGCUUUCAGUCUAUUUGCGCUCAUCGUAUCGAACAGCGUCCAGAUCUGAGACCACCGAUCUUGACCGUCAAUGUAUCCGAAGAUAGCGUCGAACCAGGCUAUAUCUUCAUGGCGCCCUACCGCACCGAUACCAGCCAGAACUCAGCUGUCAUUUACGAUACCGAGGGCAACGUGAUCUGGACCUCAUUUCCGCAGACCGCCCAAAAUGUGGUCUACGAUUUCCGCCCGUGCGAGUACAACGAAACCUCACAUUUGUGCAUGCUGGAGGGACAGCAAUAUCUUGGCUACGCCAGAGGCUAUGUCUCGGUCUUCGAUGAAAGCCUCACACAAGUCAGACAAGUCAAGGCUCAGAAUGGUCACGCUGCCCUUGAUCAGCACGAGACGGCCCUCAGCUACGACAAGAAGGCUACGCUCACUAUGAUCUAUAAUACUGAACGCGCCGAUCUCUCCGCGCAGAAUAUUACGACGGGAAUGGGUUGGCUGCAGAAUUGUAUAUUCCAAAAGCUUGACAUUGAAACAAACGAUCUCCUUUUCGAAUGGUCCGCCAUCGAGCACGUAUCCUUACAAGAAGCGCACGUAUUCCCAAACACUACCGAGGUCGUUGGUAGCGGCCUGGUCGCGUCUUCGCCUUGGGACUACUUCCACAUCAACUCCAUGGAUGAGAAUGCUGAUGGCGAUUACUUGAUCUCUGCCCGACACACCAGCUCCCUGUACAAGCUCUCCGGCACCAGCGGUGAUGUGCUCUGGAGACUCGGUGGCUCGCGCUCGGACUUUGAGCUUCUGGACAGCUUCAACUUUUCAUCCCAGCACGAUGCCCGCUGGCACGCAUCCAACACCACACACGAUAUCAUCUCUCUAUUCGACAAUGCAAGCAACGGUUUCAACCGCUCGGCAAACCAUUCCCAGGGCAUGAUCGUAGCUCUCGACCAUCAAGCCGACCCGCCGACAGCGCGCCUCCUUUCCGCGUUCGCUGCUCCAGACGACAUUCCCAUCUCCGAUUCUCAGGGCAACAUGCAGCUGCUGAGCCCGGGAGAAGAGUGGGAGACUUCCAACGCCUUUAUAAACUGGGGCAACGUUCCUGUCGUUACCGAGCACAGCCCAGACGGCCGCAUCAUCUUCCGUGCCAGUGUCGAGAUCGAUCCCAACGGGAUGAUGAACUACCGAGCCUACAAGGUCAACACCGCGAACCUCACUCUCCUUCCCAACGACACCCCCGCCCUCUACACCUACGCGCGCACCACCGACUCGGACACGGUCUACUACAUGUCCUGGAACGGCGCCACCGAGAUCGCGCGCUGGCGCAUCUACGGCCGCAACGCCUGCGACGACGAGUGGGUGUCCGUCGACACGGUGGACAAAGCCGGCUUCGAGACCACGUACCGUGCCGACCAAUACUUUGAGUUCGGCAUGGUCGAGGCCGUGUUCGGCAACGACACGGGCAUCCGGAACAGCACGAUCAAGGGCGUCAGGACGUUCGUGCCGGGCCCGCUGUUGAGCCAGAACUGCGAUGACGAGGGCUGCCAGGAUACGGAGGAGUACAACGUGCCGGAGGACGGCGCGCAGGUGGCGAUGGAGGUGGCGCAGUUGAGGGAGGCCUGUCCGGCGACGCCGCAGGAGCUGCAGGAGGAGCGUGACCGGGUGGAGGAGAUGAGGGGCGGAGGUGCUGAGGGUGACGAGGAAGAUGCGGCGAGUCGAGGCGUCGUCAGUUGGAUGCUGGUGCUGGCUGCGGUACUGGGCUCGAGCUGGGUUCUGGCUUGA